AUGCCUCCUACACCGUUGAAGAAGCAAAAACCCGAUCGUCAAGAUCGCCGCUCCGAGCCACCAGAAAGCGAAGAAGAGUGGGCGCUUUGGAAAAAGAUUCAAACCCUUCAAGAGACUCUUGAGAAGCACGAAGAGACAGGGUUCGAUUUGGCCGAUAAGGUCAAUAAGCUGGUCGCGAAGGCAAACGAAAUCGAAUCAGCGAAUGAUGAAGAGGAACGACAGAAUUUGCAUACUCAAUUGAGAGAAUUGUGUAAUCAGGGGGUUGAAUCAUCAAGGAAGGAAUCAAGUACAGCAACGCAACUCGCCGAGGAGAUAGACCAGUUGAUGACACUUUUGCGCUCCAAAGAGAGCCGCAAAUCUCUCAAGGAUUCGCGGCCGUCCGCAUCAACUUCGCUUUCUUUCAAUGCGUCGCUCGUGUCAUCUUCCAUAUCAACGACAUUAGACGAUGGGAGUCGCUCGCCAAAUAAGAAAAGAAAGCUUAAGGAGGAUAACGUAAAACAAAAGAAAUUGAAAACACCGAGAAAAACUAAUACGAUCUUACCUGCGCAAAUGGUGGCUGCAAAGCAACCAAAAGCUAAAGACCCGGAAGAGAACUGGAUACUGGCUACUGUUAUAGCUUAUAAUGAAGACUCAAACACAUACGAUGUUGAAGAUGCAGACGAAGAAUCUGCCGGCAAAGCACCAAACGAAAGAUUCAGAGUUCCGGCAAAAUAUGUAAUACCCUUAUCAAAGUCCGGGCAACAGUUUCCGCAUUUCGCUGCUCAUCACACGGUAUUGGCACUUUACCCUUUGACGACAUGCUUCUACAAAGCGGAAGUAGUGUCGCCGCCAAGCAAAACAGGGCCACAAAAGAGUCAAUACGUCGUUGCAUUCGAGGAUGAUGACGGAAUGCAUCGAAGCGUUGAAGCUGUAAAUGUUUUAGAUUACCCCAAGGGGUCGUCUUCUACAUGA